GGGUCGGGAGGCGUGAAAUCGAAGGGAAUGGGAAGCUUUAGUAAUCGCGGUGGAAUGGCAGGAGGAGGAGGAACGCAUCUACCACCUCUCCUAGAGCAGGAACGACAACAACAGCAGCAGCAGCAACAGCAACAGCGGCCGUGCAUGUCACACGCUAUGCAGCAUGAUAUGGCCCCUGCUUCCCCCUUCCUGGAGCCGAGACCCAUGGGUCGUGCCCCGGCAGCGUUGAGCACAUUGGAUGAGAUCUUGUCUGAAACAGGGUUAGGAUCUCCGAACAAAGACUUGGAGUCACAGCUAGAAACUGCAGCGACCCAUGAAACGAAGCUGGAGAAGGAGCAAUUGCCCGCAGUAGCCGGUGCGAGCAAUGCGGGGUUCGAUGAGAGUAAACCUGGUGCUGAUAAACCUUGCGCAGCUGAGGAGCAGGACUACCGCAGGCAGCACUGGCAAGUACGAUACAACCCCAAGAUGCCGUACAGGCACCUCCGCGUGCUCAUGCCCGGCAGCUACUUUGGCGAGUACUCCUGCCUCACGGGCUGUCCUCGUACGGCAAGUGUAGUGGCC